AUGAAGAUUGUACUGAGGUCCAUUGUUGGGAGUGAGCAGGUGAGGGAGGUCACGCCGGAUACGAAUGUAGAGACUGUUAAAAAGUUUCUGGAGGAUGAAUAUAACACGGAUAGUUUGCGUUUGUGUUACAAUGGCGCUAUUCUGGAAAAUUCAAAGACAAUGACGGAGUUAGGCGUGAAGGAGAAUGCGGUUUUUAUCAUUGCUGGGAACAAGCGAAAUAAAAACAAGCCACAGGCGAAGCCAGCGACAUCCGCACCUCCGCCGCAAACAAAAACAAAUUCUUCUUUUGAGCCCACUUCAGUUGGCCGUGGACAGUGGGAGGGCGCAAUAACUGAUCCGGCGACAAGUGGAGCGGGAGGUGCGCCUGGUGGAAUCGCUGAGUCCCGGCAGGGGGCGGAACCACCUCCUUCGGAAGCAGCACCCUCGCAAGGCCUGGCUUUGCAUGGCAUUGACCCAACCCUCGUGGACAACAUCAUUGCCAUGGGGUUUGAGGAUCGUGAACAGGUGGCUUUGGCGCUACGAGCGGCGUACAUGAACCCUGAUCGUGCUGUUGAGUUUCUUUGCACCGGGAUUCCAUCCGAUGUUCUGCAGCGGAUGAAUGAGCCUGCUAUCAACCCGUCUGCAAGCUCCGAGCGGAUGUCAUCGCUAACAGACCGGCUAACGUCGCACAUGCGCCAAGAUGAUAGUGACUCGGCUCUUUACAAUGCAUUAAUGCAAAUCCCUCAGUUUGGAGAAAUACGCUCGAUAGUUCAGGCCAAUCCAGAGUCUCUUCCCACCGUCGUACAACAGCUCCGUAUACACCACCCGGAGGUCAUUGGGUUGAUCCAGCAGGAUCUAGAAGGGUUUUUGCGGAUCAUGGGGAAUCCUGGCCAGACAGAAUUCACAACCAGCACGGGCGGCGGUGUCGAUGUCCCCCCUGACUCUGUUUCCAUUCCACUGAGGGAAGAGGAACGUGUCGCCGUUCAACGCCUCGUUGAACUGGGUGGAGGUGCUUGGACUGAAGAGGACGCGAUUGAGGCUUACCGUGCGUGUGAAGAAAGCGAAGAAGCUGCGGCUCAUCUUCUUUUUAGUAACUUCUUUGAAUAG